CCAUUGCUCAGGCUGGCCGACAGGUGCCUUGGAGCCAUCGAGGAGAUGGAACGGCGCUCGACCAGGAUGAGGGGCUGCCUAGCCAAUAAAGCCGCCACCCCCUUAGCUGCGGGGCUUUGCUUUUUAACCCCUCGGCGAGGCCAGGGUUGGAGGGCUUCCGGCCGGAGGCCAUUAGAUGGGACACCCGGAAGGCGGAAGUCCUAGGGCGGAAGUGGCCGAGAGGAGAGGAGAAUGGCGGCGGAAAGCUGGUUUUGGCGCUGGGGCUGGGGCCGGCGGUGCCUGGGGAGGCCUGGGCUUCCUGGCCCCGGCCCUGGCCCCACUACACCUCUACUCCUUCUUCUGUUGCUGGGUUCUGUAGCUGCGGAUAUAACUGACGGCAACAGUGAACACCUCAAACGGGAGCAUUCGCUCAUCAAGCCCUACCAAGGGGUCGGUUCCAGCUCCAUGCCCCUCUGGGACUUCCAGGGCAGCACUAUGCUCACGAGCCAGUAUGUACGUCUGACCCCUGACGAACGCAGCAAAGAGGGCUCUAUCUGGAACCACCAGCCUUGCUUUCUCAAGGACUGGGAGAUGCACGUCCACUUCAGAGUCCACGGCUCGGGGAAGAAGAACCUCCACGGAGAUGGCAUUGCCCUGUGGUACACCCGGGACCGCCUCGCACCAGGGCCUGUGUUUGGAAGCAAAGACAACUUCCAUGGCUUAGCCAUCUUCCUGGACACGUAUCCCAAUGACGAGACCACUGAGCGCGUGUUCCCGUACAUCUCGGUGAUGGUGAACAAUGGCUCCCUGUCCUACGACCACAGCAAGGAUGGGCGCUGGACUGAGCUGGCGGGCUGCACGGCCGACUUCCGCAACCGGGAUCACGACACCUUCCUGGCUGUGCGCUACUCCCGGGGCCGUCUGACGGUGAUGACUGACCUGGAGGACAAGAACGAGUGGAAGAAUUGCAUUGACAUCACGGGAGUGCGCUUGCCCACCGGCUACUACUUUGGAGCCUCAGCUGGCACUGGUGACCUGUCUGACAAUCAUGACAUCAUCUCCAUGAAGCUGUUCCAGCUGAUGGUUGAGCACACGCCUGAUGAGGACAACAUCGACUGGACCAAGAUUGAGCCCAGCGUCAAUUUCCUCAAGUCACCCAAAGACAACGUGGAUGACCCCACGGGGAACUUCCGCAGCGGGCCCCUGACGGGCUGGAGGGUGUUCCUGCUGCUGCUGUGCGCGCUCCUGGGCAUCGUCGUGUGUGCGGUGGUGGGGGCCGUGGUCUUCCAGAAGCGGCAGGAGCGGAACAAGCGCUUCUACUGAGCAGGCGCGCCUGGCCGGGAAGGGCCUGACCUUGGGCCCAGGAACCAAUGUGAACUUUUUUUUACUGGGAUUGUAAAAGAACAACAGACAACCUUAUUUCUUAGCUGUUUCAAAGAAAUGAUUAAAGUAUUUUCGUACAUUUUGCUUCUUGCCCAGCAGGGACACAUAGGCAGCAGGGCCAGGGAUGAGGGUCUGGCGUCCCCGCGGCUGGAGCGGAGGCUGUCCCAGGGCCGCCUUCUCAGGAUGGGGGCUGUGCCUGGAGCUGGGCCGAGGCCCCUGCAGGCAGCUGUUGAACACUGGAGGGGCCCCUGGCCACGUUGGGGUGGGCUCCCGAGGACACGGGCAGUGAUCUGUGGUGUGGGGUGUGACAGUGGAUGGCCCAACCUGGGCGACCUGAGGGUCCUGCUCGGCCUGAGCUGCCUCCCGGGCAGACACUCAGGCAACGCUGGAGGGGUGACUUGGUGGGGCCCAGAGUGUGACCAUUUGCUAAAUAAAGUGACUUAACCAACCUCA